CCAAUAUGCAUAAAAGAAGUAUGAGUCAUACAAAUUUAGGUUUUUUAGAGCCUAAAUCAUGUCUGCGAGCUAUUGAAGGCGAAUAUACCUCUCCAAAGUUUGUAGCCAAACCUGUGAAAGUGUACAAACCAUGCUAUCAUGUGCGGAAACAAAAGCCUACACUUGAAACAAAAGAUUUGCAGUUUUAUGAUUCGAAGAAAGAAAGGAUCAAGCAGAAAGGACUAAUGACUGUGAAGAACUUAUCAAUUAAGUCUAUCAAGAAGGUAACUCCUCGAAAGACCACAGAUCCUUAUUCAAAGAGGAGGCCGUCAAGUAAAAGCACAAGGAAAAAUUCUCCUCUUCCUCCUUCUAAUCGUAGGACAAAGUCAAGGAAAAGACUCUAUGUUGGGAAUGAUUGAUUGAGUGGCAACACCACUGUCAAAACUUAUCAAAAGAAAUCCAAUAGGCAAAAGAAAAAGUUCAAAUAAAUCAAUCUCAAAAUCAAAGAUUUUCAAUACAAUUUCUCCAAGAAAUAUUGACCAGUCAUAUAAUAAGAGCAAGAUCAAUUGUCUAAAGGUGAAGAAGAAAAUUAGAAAAACUAUUGGUGAUAAACAAUUUUUAAAUCAACUUGAAGAAUGUACAGAUUCUCAAGAAUCAGCAGAUGGUUCCAAGAUAAUCAUUCCUCAUUAUAAAAUUUCUGCAAAGAAUGGCCACAAGCGACAACUGACUGAGACCGCCUCUCACAGUUUACUGCUUAAGAAGAGACAUUUCGCGAAUCUCAACCUUGCUAAUUACCAGAACGACCAGGACGCAGCCAGAGAGCCUCCACUUGGCCGGCUGGAGCAGCCACAGUUACCGGAGAAGAGUUUAAAUGGGAUUGGGCACGUGCAGAGCUGCAAGAUUCUUGAGAAGAAUGAACAAGCAGAAGACAUGUCUGUUAGCAGCUACGAAGAAAGCACCAUAAAGACUCAAAAAGAGUGAAGUUGUUUAUGGAAUGGUGCUCAGACGAUUGAUUACAAUCAAGACUCACUUGCUACUAUACAUACUCUAAUGCUUGAAGAUGUUGCAGCAAUGACUCAUAGAUCUUCAGUGGAUACUGAGAGAAGUUGCCAUACUCUGCCGGUUCCUUAUCACCAGGAUUCGGAAAGAGCAUGUGCAACAGUAAAUUCUUCCCUAAAGUCACUAGGAAUGUAUGGCAAUUGGCUGCAAGACCAGAGAGUAGCCAGAGAUUGUGGUUGAAAGGAAUAUGAGAGACUAGUGCCAGUCAAGGUCCUAAACGGAGGAUAUGGAGACAGUCAGGGAGCCAAUGGCCGUCCAAGCCCUAGAGCAGCUGAGAAGAUCGUAGUCUGAACUGAAGAGUCAAUGAAGGCCCAGAUCGAUAAUCAGAAAUUAUCGAUGCAACUCAACGAGCUCAAGCUGCAGAUGAAGAAUUUCAUCCUGAAUUAUAAGCUUGCCUUUCAGGAAAUGUCCAUGCAGGCUAGAAAUAGGCAUCAUAGGAAAUAACUUAGGU